UGCCGAAGGGGCCAGGCAAAGCCCUUCACGCCGAAGUAACCCAACGGUCAUAUUCUGCUCGUGCUCUCGGCUCUCGCCAUCCCUGCCCUCCCACGCGCCACCGCCGCAUCGUCUCCCUGCGGCUUCGCGUGGGUCUUGCUUCCCCGACCCCUUCUCCGGCGCGGAAGGGGAGCGGCGGCUAGAUCCCUUUCCCGAAUCCGUCGGAGGAGGCGGUGGCAACCAGCGGGUCGUCCUCUUCUAGCGCGUGUUUCGUAUUUGCCCAAUAUCUGCUCAUCAGUACUGUGCUUGAAGUGAAUAAGUUGAGAUGUCUGUGUCAAUGUAUAAGAAGCAAAACUCAAUGGGCACUCCUGUCCACAGGACAAAUCCCUUUGAUUCCGAUUCUGAUUCUGAAGUGCCCUCAAAGCCAUCAAGGGCACAGUCUGUCCCAGUGAAGUGCACCGAUCAAUCUGUGCAAGAGUUGGAAGAUUAUGCUAUAACCAAAGCACGAGAAACCACACACAAAGUAAAUGAUUGUGUCAGAGCUGCUGAAGCCAUCAGGGAAGAUGCUACACAAACUCUGCAAACUUUGCACCGUCAAGGUGAGCAGAUCAUGCGGUCUCAUCACCUAGCAGCUGACAUUGAGCAGGACCUUACUGUGAGUGAGAAGCUCCUGGGAAGUCUGGGUGGGCUAUUUUCCAAGGCAUGGAGGCCUAAGAGAAAUCAACAGAUAAAAGGGCCAGUCUCAGAAAAUAGCUUUUCUGUGAGAACGGCAAACCACAUGGAACAGAGGUGGAGGCUAGGAAUUGCCCCAACACAACAAAAUUCUCCCAGUUCUGUACAAACUGCACCUGCAACUGCAAUGGGAAAAAUCCAGGCUGAGAAAGAAAAGCAGGAUGAUGCACUUUCUGACCUGAGUAACACAUUGGGACAGCUCAAGGAAAUGGCAGUUGAUAUGGGCACAGAAAUUGACAGACAAAACAAAGCUCUGGUUCCUUUCAGUGAGGACGUUGAUGAACUGAAUUUCAGACUGAAAGGAGCGAAUCAACGGGGACGCCGGUUGCUGGGCAAGUGAUAUCGAACCAGGAGCACUAAAAGAUUAAGAACCUUGUUGUUUUACUUGUUUUAGUCGUAUUGAAUUGUACUCUCAGAAAACUUUCAAGUUCCUGUGUUGUACCAUAACCAGGUCCAAAUUAGUGGAAAGGAAAUCGGAAUAUAUCUUGUUUUAGAGCAAAUAGGAAGAUCCUUGUAUUGGAUUGUACUCUGAGAAAACUUUCAAGUUCCAGUGUUGUACCUAACCAGUUCCAAAUUAGUUGAAAGGAAAAUCGGAAUAUAUCCUGUCUUGUUUUUA